UCUCUCUCUCUUUACCUUUUAGAGAAAUCAGCCAUGGCAAAGAAGGCAAAAGCUAGAGUCAUUCUUGUAAAGUUAUUAUCUACAGCUGGUACAGGAUACAACUACAUUAAAAGUCGUCCAAGAAUUGCACCCAAGUUGUCCUUGAUGAAAUAUGAUCCUAUGGUAAAACAACAUGUUCUGUUCACAGAGACUAAAAUGAAGAAAUAAUAUUGAAUUGUACAUACAUAAAUCACAUUAAAUGUCACUUUUACCAAGUUUAUAACGUGCGCCCUUGAAUAUGCCUUUGGUGCAUCCUUUGUUAUUUACAGCUUCAAAUAGCUCACUAUAGUUAUCUCAAUACAUGUUCCUGAAAUACAUAAAGUAAACCCAGG